GCUAGGCAUGUGGAGGGAAGUGCAAUGGAUUCUCUUUCCCGAUCUAUAAAUGAUUUCAAAACUUUGAUGAGAAAUGAUUGUCGAGCAGAGUGAUUAUACAUUUGUAUCUACUCUCUGCUUUUUUUCCUUACACUCAAAAGACUUUUCAGCUACUCGUAAGUAUUACUACUUCCCUUCAAGCCUUGCUAAUUCCUACCCUUGUGCUAGCUAGUAAAUAAGUUUUGAUAGAAAUCUUUCUAACAUCACGGCAAAAGAAUGGAAGGUGACAAUACGUCGAUGGAACCAAAAAGCCAAAAAGGGAGUGUCUUUACAUCAUCAUUUGAUUGGGAAUUGGACAUAAAAACCAUGGCUGAAGACAUACAUUCAGUUGUCAAAGCCAUGGUGUGGAUCAUGGGAAGUCAUAACAAGACAACUCUUCUUCAAUUUGUAUCGCUCUUGAAGAGCCUGAAGAUUCAGAAAAAAUUCAUGACGUUUGUUAUCAGGGUUCUUAACGAAGAGUAUGCGUCUGAGCAAGAAGAACAUGAAGCAUUGGAAAAGAUUUGGAAUUUGAAGAAGGAACAUAUGGAACUGAUUACGGAUGCACGUGCCGAUUUGAACAAGAAGAGAACUAAUCCUUGGAGUGACGAAUUAUCAAAAAAUAUGGGGAAGCACAAACAAAAGAAGAAGCAGAGGAAAAUAAAGAAAUUAGUUGAGGAAGAUGAAAACAACAUUAUUGAUGAUGGAAAUCAUUUGGUACAGUGCAUUGAAAAAUUGCAAGAGUUACAAGAGGAGUUGGAGAAAAUUAAUGAAGAAAAGAGUGUUGAGUUGUUGAAAGUUGAACAAAAGUAUAAUCGGAUCCGCAAGCCGGUCUAUGAGAGGAGGACAAAUAUUAUUAGAGAUAUUCCCGCCUUCUGGUCAACGGCCUUUUUGAAGCAUUCUAUACUAGGUGGACUUGUAUCCACUGAAGAGGACCACAAGAUUUUCAAGUUUCUAAGUUCAAUAACUGUGGAACAAUCAGAAGAUGUCAAAUCGGGUUAUACCAUUAUCUUCGACUUUGAACCAAAUGUUUAUUUUGAGAAUAGGAAGCUUUGGAAAACGUAUACCUUCCUUGAAGAAAAUGGACAUACUAAAAUUACUACAUCAUCAAUUCAAUGGGUAGACGACAAGGGAGUUGAUGACGAUAGUUUCUUUAGGUGGUUCAAUGAAGUUACUGAACAUGAUGAAAUUGGUGAGGCAAUUAAGGAUCUAUGGUGUGAUCCUCUCUCUUGUUUUCAUCAUGAAGAAAAUGAAGAAGGCGGUGAUGAUGUGGCAGUGAAGGACUCUAAAGAUGAUGUAGUGGAGGAUACUGAAGAUGCGGAACAAGAUAUUUAAUCUGCCACAGUCAUGGGUGCAGGUUAAAAGAUAAUAUGUAGAUAUAUUUAUCUCCCUGUUUCUAUAACUUAAUCACCGGGUGAUUUUAAAAGUAGUUCAAAAUCACUUUAUUUAGGUUAGGCCAUCGUAUGUGUGGUCUCAUUUCCUUAGGAAAGUUAUAAGACUGCUUAAUUUUUGGAGAAGAUUGUAGCUCUACAAGUAUCUAACAGUUCUUAUGUACUGUUUGCCUUA